AUGACCGUCUCCAAAGACUCCUCUGCUCCCCUCGUUGCCGUUGUCGGCGCCACUGGUACACAGGGCGGCAGCGUUGUGCUUGCUCUCUCUGAAUCCAACAAGCCCUACCGCAUCCGCGCCUUCACGCGUGAUGUCUCCAAACCGAAAGCGAAGGCGUUGGCCGACAAGGGUGUCGAAGUCGUCUCUGUGUCGAUAACGGCCGAUAACAAGGACGCGGUCUUCAAGGCCUUCCAGGGGGCGGACUAUGUCUUCCUUGUCACCAACUGGGCCGAGCACGGAGACCCAUCUCGCGAAACCGUUGAAGGCAAGCUGAUGAUUGACGCUGCCAAAGCUGCUGGUGUCAAAGGCAUCGUCUGGUCUGGCUUGCCCAGCAUCGAAGCCAUUUCUGGCGGAAAAUACAAGCGAGUCGGCCACUUCGAAAGCAAGGCACGUGUCUCGGAGUACGGACGUGCUGCCGGUGUCCCCUUUGUCGAUGUCCAGGCUGGUGGCUAUGCCAGCAACGUCCGCACUUUCUCUCGUCCCAUCAAAACCUCGGACGACACUUGGACCGUCAGCCUGCCCCAAUCCGCCUCUACCAAGACCCCGAUCAUCGACUGCGACAAAGACUAUGGCCUCUUCGUGCGCAAAGCUCUUGAGGCACCAGUCUUCCCCGACAAGCAGACCUGGACAUCGUUUGGCGACCUCAUCAGCAACGAAGACCAAGUGAAGCAACUUGCGGAAGUGACUGGCAAGAAAAUUGUUUACCAAGAAAUCACGCCUGAGGCGUACGGUGCCGGCCUCGCGUCGUUUGGCACACCGCCCCAUAUCGUCACGGCCAUCCAGGAAGUCUUCACCUCCAUCAGCGAGUUUGGAUACUUUGCCAAGGAUGCUAUUGCCUCGCAGGACGGCCUCGCGCGUAAGCCGAGCACCUGGAAGGAGUAUGUGCAGGCUAAUGACUGGAGCGAGAUUCUGGCUUGA